AUGAGAGCUGCAAAGAGUAAAGAGGUUUUCAUGGGCAUGCUAAAGACAGACCUCAUUACUCCAGACAGCCUGCAAGAGUUAAAAAAAGGUAAAAAGCUCCAAGGAAAAUGUCUGAGAAUCAUCUCUGCUGAGUCUCCUGUUAAGCUUUACUGGUGCUAUGGAGUGAUUGCUGUCCUCAGUGCAGCUGUACUUUCACUUUCUGUUGCUUUGUCAUUGUCAGGGAGACUAAUCACAGAGAAGUGUGGACCUUCCUAUGACACCUGCCCAAAAGACUGGAUUGGAUUUGGAAGUCAAUGUUUUUAUUUUUCUGAAGACAUGAGAAACUGGACAUUCAGCCAGACCUCCUGCAUGGAACUAGAGGCCCAUCUAGCUGUAUUUGAGAGCAUAGAGGAGCUGAAUUUCCUGAAGAGAUACAAGGGGGAUUCUGACCACUGGAUCGGGCUGCACAGGAAGUCACCAGAGCAGCACUGGAUGUGGACAGACAACACUCAAUAUAACAACAUGGUUCCCAUCCGAGGACAAGGAGAAUGUAGCUACCUGAGUAGCUUCGGGAUCAGCAGUGCAAGGGACUACACACACAGGAGGUGGAUUUGUAGCAAGUCCAAAAGACAUAUUUAA